AAAUUUGCGUACUUUGCUCCCUGCAGUCUUUCCGGGUACGUAGCCGUCCCCGAGCACCGUAGGAUUGUGCGGUGAGGUCGGCUCCAACGCUGAGUUUAUCUCUGAAGGCACUUGCCCUCUAAGUUGUUGGGGAGUGGGCAGAUUGCUCCAAGUCCUCAGGAAAAGCCUUGUCCGUAACAGCAGCAUGGCCGCGCCCGUCGACUCCUAGAAAAGGAGAAUUUUUUCAUUUGGGCUGAGGGGUGUCUUUCUUGACCUCUAUUUAGAAAGAGAAUGUCAGUGGUGCAUCAGCUGUCACCAGGAUGGUUACUGGAUCAUCUUUCGUUCAUUAACAAGAUAAACUAUCAAGUUCACCAGCAUCAUGAGCCUUGUUGCAGCAAAAAUGAGCCCACUACUUCUGUCCACCUUGAGUCUCUUCAUGUGGAUUCUAUGUCUUCUUUUGGAUCAUCUGCUAAAUUUAUUGCUUCCAACUCUACCACUAAGCCAGAGAAAGAGGAUAGGGGAAAUUGUGAAGCGUUCAUGCAAAAAUACAUUUUUCGACCUGAACUGUUUGAUAUCAAUAAACCUCAUAUGAUUUCAGCUGUUCACAAGGAAUGCCAAAGUAAUGAAAAGGAAGAUACAAUGAGUGGUAUUAAAAAAGAAAUCUCCAUUUCUACUCUUAGGAAGAAGCGUAAAAGGUGUCAUACUUGCAAUCAAGGUGAAUUGGAUGCCAUGGAAUACCAUGAAAAGAUCAGAGGGCUGAUAUUAGAUGGAUCUCGACAGAUAAUCCAAGAAAGUUUAAAAAAUGGCUUCCUUCAUCCGCUUUCUGAAAAAUCGGAGAAGUGUAGUGAGCCUGUUGCUUUACCACUGGAUACCUGCAAUUUGUCAGAAUUAUGUGAAAUGGCAAAGCAUUUGCCUACUCUGAAUGAAACGGAACUUCUGACAUUACAAUUGAAGGAAAAUGAUAUGUCUGUUACAGAGCAGGAUUUAUUUUUACGGCUUGUUGAAAACAACUCCAGCUUUACAAAAAUCAUUACUUUAAUGGGACAGAAAUACCUUGUGCCACCAAAAAGCUGUUUUCUUUUGUCUGACAUUUCUUGUAUGAACCCACUUCUGAAUUGUGGGAAGACAUAUGAUGCCAUUGUGAUAGAUCCACCGUGGCAGAACAAGUCAGUUAAAAGAAGUAAUAGUGUGGUCACGCUGAUAAUUCUAAUAAUCACCUGUCACCAUGCAAACUUUUCACAAUAUAUUGACUGUAUUCCCUGUUCCUUUUCACUCAUCCUCUCAUCUCCUCUCUUCAGGUAUAGUUAUUUAUCACCACUGCAAAUAAAGCAGAUACCUAUCCCUAAACUGGCUGCUCCAAACUGUCUUGUUAUUACUUGGGUGACUAACAGACAGACACACCUACGUUUUGUAAAGGAAGAACUUUAUCCUUCCUGGUCAGUGGAGACAGUUGCUGAAUGGCACUGGUUAAAAAUAACCAAUUCAGGAGAGUUUGUAUUCCCAUUAGAUUCUCCACACAAAAAACCUUAUGAAUGUCUUAUACUGGGGAGAUUUCAAGAAAAAACUGCUUUACCAUUAAGGAAUGUGCUUCCCAUUCCAGAUCACAAGUUAAUUGUCAGUGUGCCCUGUACUCUUCAUUCACAUAAGCCACCUCUUGCUGAGGAAAAGACCAUGUGAGGACAUCACAUGAAGACAUCUACCAGCCGGAAUAAAGUCCUCAUGUAAACCAGCUCUGCUGGCUACUUAAAAUUAAUUAGGUUUCCUUCCUUUGCCAUAUUGGAGAAGUUCUCCUUUAUUAUUUGUUCAAAUAAGUUUUUCACUUGUGGCUGUUCCUCUUCCCCUUCUGGUACCCCUAUAAUUCGCUCAGAGAGUCCCAAAGAAGUUGGACUCAAGGAGGAACACACCAAGGCACAUCAUUAUUACAUUAGCCAAGAUUAAAAUGAAGGAGAGAAUCCUACAAGCAGCAAGAGAUAAGGGGACAGUCACCUACAAAGGAGUUCCCAUCAGACUGUCAGCUGAUUUCUCAAAAGACAACUUACAGGUAAGAAGGGGCUGGAAAGAAAUAUUCCAAGUCAUGAAAUCCAAAGACCUACAUCCAAGAUUGCUCUAUCCAGCAAAGCUUUCAUUUAGAAUGGAAGGACAGAUAAAGUGCUUCUCAGAUAAGAACAAAUUCAAGAAGUUCAUCAUCAGCAAGCCCUUAUUAUAUGAAAUGUUAAAGGGACUUACCUAAGAAAAAGAAGAUCAAAAAGAUGAACAGUGAAAGGACAGCAAACUCACAGUUAUUAAGAACCACACCUAAAACAAAAGCAAACUAAGAGGACAGCUAGAUCAGGAGCAGAACCAUAGAAAUGAAGAUCA